AUGAGCUCUGGCUUUGCUAAUCGGAGGAAACCCCGCAAGAUUGGCGGGGACGACGGCAAUGAUGAUGAGGAGCAAGACACUGGCCCAAUCAUCAAGAGGCCAGUUAGUUUGAAAGUGAAGCAAAAAUCCAAAGCGCGCGUUUCGUUCGGCCCUGGUGAAACUUCAAUGACGGAGGGAGACGACGGCGAAAGCGAAGUCAUCGUUCCAAAGAAACAUGGCUUGGGCAGACGAGUAGUUGAGAAGAACGCUUUCCAGAAAUCGACAACUCCGUCCGCACUAAGCAAUCAACUUCCACUUAGAGUUGGGCCCGAACAAGACCGACCAAGUUACAACGAGGAGUACUUAAAUGAACUUCGAAACCUGACGGCUUCAACACCCAAGCCUACGGCCGAUUCUGAAAACCAGAAUGAAGUGGAUGUAGCGGCCAAGUUCGGUGAAGUCACGAAAGUCACUGCUCCGUCGCUGAUUCCCACGGAGGCCGAGAUCAGAGAAAAGAAAGCUCGACGCGCGAGGUUAGCAAAGGAGCAGGACAGUCAUAGUCUAACUGAACAGGAUUAUAUAUCGCUGGAGGAAAAUGCGGGCGAUGACUGGGAAUUGGUCGACAGAGAAUAUGACAGGGAUACCAGGCUCGUGCGAGACGAUGAAGACUUCGCGGAAGGGUUUGACGAAUACGUCGAAGAUGGGCGCAUAUCUCUAGGGAGGAAAGCUGAACGUGAACAGAAUAGGAAGCAACGUGAAGCAAUGCGCGAGCUCAUUGAAGAUGCGGAAGCUCUUAUGGACGAGGAAGACUCGGAUCUAGAGGAGAAGGCAGCCUAUGAAGCCGCUCAGACAAGAGCUGCGAUGGGAUACGGCAAUGGUCCCGUAGAUCGGCCGAAAACGCCCCCUAAGAUGACAUCUCUUCCCCGUCUCUCGACAUGCCUCGACAGAUUGCGGAUGAAUCUUGCGGUUUUGGAGAAGUCUAGAACACAAAUGAUAAACCGGAUGGAGGAACUGAGAAAGGAGAAAGCCAAUAUAUCUGUCAGAGAAGUCGAAAUACAGGCUUUGAUCAAGGAAACUGGUGAUCAUUAUGAGAAACUUAAGCAAGAAGCCGGUGUCACUCCGGGUUCCGAGGCUGAGACGCCAGGGACAACAGAUUUUGAGAGCUCGCGCGGAUUAGAGAAUAUCGGAGCUCCAUCCACGGCUGUAUCCAAGACUAACUCGGAAAGUGAGACUUGA